AUGGCUAGAGAAAUUGAGGAUCUAAUUAAUAUAUUGGGGUUAGAAAAGCCAAACCGUGACUGUGUUGAUAUUUUUUCUUGGGAGCCAACUAUGCCAUUAUCCUCUUCUACUAAUUCUUCUUUUUCAGUUGGUUCCUAUUAUAAGGGUUUGUCUCAGGACAUGUUGGGCAGUAGUGUAGUAGAUGAAGUGUUAAGUGGCCUCAAGAAGAUGUGGCAGGAAAGUUUACCAUCUAAAGUGUCGAUUUUCUUUGGAAAGUUUUGA